UAUUCUCACUGUUGGCAACACUGGGUUGAAGAGUAGAGCCUGGUAUGUUAAUUUACGUCGAAAGAAUUUAUGAAUAAUAUCAAGUUUUAACAAAUUGUGCAAAUAAAUUAGUUAUUUGAAACAAUGGGUGACGGACAAAGUGAAAAUCAACCAUUGUUGAGGGAUGAGGAUGAAAAUGUCAGUACUAUUUCGCCGAUCGGCCCUGAUGAGUUGCCUCCACCUUACCAGCAGGCUGGGAUGCCUAUGGUUACAUGUCGCGUUUGUCAGGCUAUGAUUGAUAUAUCUGGCAAGAGAGAACAACACGUCGUCAAAUGCUCAGAGUGUAAUGAAGCUACGCCAAUCAGAAACGCUCCGCCGGGCAAGAAGUACGUGCGUUGUCCGUGCAACUGCCUGCUGAUAUGCAAGUCCUCGUCGCAACGGAUCGCGUGCCCUCGGGCUGACUGCAAGCGCAUCAUCAACCUAGCGCCGUCCCCAGUGACCCCGCCCGUGCCCACUCUCCCCGGCAUGUGCAGGGUCAUGUGCGCACAUUGCCAGGACACCUUCUUGUACCAGAUGUUAAAGAACGCGCCGGUCCGCUGUCCCCAUUGCCGUAAAGUAUCGUCAGUGGGUCCCCGCAUGGCGCGCGUCCGCGGCACCAUAUUCGCCCUGCUCGCUCUCUUGUUCUUCGCGAUCGCUCUAGGCGUGACCCUGGGGACCCUGUCCGCCGCUAAGACCCACGGCGGCGGCGUGUACGUGGCCUAUGUGGGCGCCUUCUUAGUAGCGCUGCUGCUCGCCAGCCGCGCCGUCUACUACUUCGCCAUGAAGCACAGCACUAUCGAGGGUCCCAUGUAAAUAAUGUGAUAUUUUAACGCCUUGACAUAUUUCUAGUUGAAUCGCAUUCCGUUGGUUUUUUUUUUAAUAUCACACGGGCUGUUGUCUAUUAAUGUUAUACUCAGGGCUGUCAACAUCGAUAGUCGUGGCAUAGUAAUCGAUUAUUAUUAUAACGCCUGUAGGUCCGAAAUUCUUUUAUUAAAAAAAAAAUCGUAUUAUUGUGAGAUGCGACACAUUAAUCAAUUGCGUUUCCUGACUUGUAAAAUUCUGAGGUGGCAACCCUACAUCGUCUAGAAUUUAGAUGUUGUAAAUUAUGUAGUAUAUUUGUGAUGUAUCCUCCAAGUGCAAGGCCGAAAUAUAAGGAUUACAGUACAAUGUAUUUGCUUGAAAUUGAAUUGACGACUUUCUUAGAACGAUAAAACAUAUUUUUCGUAUUCACGUCCACAUUCUGAAUGGAUACACGGAAUUAAUUAAUGAAAGCUGUCUUUUUAGAGUUCGCUAUCACCGUUUGGGUUCAAAUAACUUGUAUCAACUAGCUAUUCGUAGAUUUAAAAAAAAAAAAACGUGGCAGAAUAUAUUAGGAUUUCGAUAACGGGUUUCUGAAUGUUAUUCAACCAUAUUACUUCCUAAAAAGAAAUUAAAAAUUUUCUAAAAAAAAAAACAUAUACUCAGUCUGUAAAACUAUUGUGGCCAUAAUUGUUGUAGGGAUUGAUGAAUACGCCUAUAGUUUCUAUAACUGAAUAUAAAUUAGUUAUAUAGAUAAUUCACUUCACUAUUAAAUGUUGUAGGAAAAUAAUUUUUUGAAAAUGUGUGGAUAGUGAUUUUUGAGAUUGAAUUAAUUUGAAAAAAAAAUACCAAUAUGAAACUCGUUUUGUAAUGUAUAAUUUAAUAUUUUUUAUGUGUUAUGUUACAUCAUAUGUGAGAUAGUCUCAAAAUUUAAUGUCAAAAUUUUGAGUUCAAAAGCCAAGGUCAACGGUUGGUUCAUUGGAAAGUAACAUUUUUUAGCUAAAAGUCAUUUAGAAUUUAAAAAAAAAAUUAAAAAUUCGUUAUUUUUAUUUGUAUAGAAAAAAAAAACAACAAUAUGUCAUCUAAUUUUCCGUUUUCAACUUCAUUAAAUGUAAUGGUUUAAAUAAACGUCUACUAUAUUAAAGGAAAGCUAUAAAUAGAAUAUAUGAAUAAUUAAUAUACAAAGUCAAAUAUGAUUUAGUACUAUUGGCUCCAUACAGUUGAUCCUUGUAUUAUUAAAAAAAAAACUCAGAUUUUACACUUCUAGUGAUCAUAUAAUUAUCUGUAGAAAGUAUUUGAGACUGCAUUUUGUUAUAUAAUCUGUGUGGAAUAUAAAUUAGUUUUAUUAUAUUAUAUCAAAUAUUUUAAUAAAUGUGGAAUUACAAAUCAGUUGACUCUCAACAAAAUAUUCUACACAUAGUAUUGGAAAAGUAUGUAUAUAUUUAAAUAUUCCUUUACAAUUUUUUUUUGAUAAGUUUGUUAAAUUCAUUUAUUAGUAUGGAAAUAAUUAGCACUGGUUUUGUAUUUUUAUGAUAUUAAUUGUAUUAUAAAUUAUAAAGUUUGGUUAGAUUAUAGUUUUUAACAGCCAUUUCUCUCUUCAUAGUUCUCUUUAUUUUUAGUCAAGAACUGAGUUCAUAGUGAUGUUUCUUGUGAUGUAUGGAGCAUUGAUUUUUUAAAAUAUUUAAUACAUAUAUCAUUGAUUAUAAUAAUUUUAACGUUACUGUGUCUUAAGUUUGAAUUUUUAAUGAUUGAGUCUGUAUAAGUCAUGUGCUAUUCAUACUUGGAUCUGGUAGAAGUUAUUAAAUGAUUAAACUUAAAUAGCAAUAACACUUCAAAAUAUAAAUUUAACUAAUAUUGGUAUCAUAUUUGUUGACCAUAACGGCUAGUCAAGUCUUAUUUGGUAGAUAUGGAUUGAUUUGUAAAUAUUAAACAUAUAUGGAAUAAUGUAGUUAUGCCUUUGCCAUCCAAUUUACAUUUAAAAAAAGGCUAUAUACGACUCAGUAGUGUGUGGAGUACGAGUAAAAAUUUAGAGGGCUAAAGGUUUUCUUUCAUAAAUCUUAGAGAAAAAAAAUUUUUUGUACCUGUAUUUUUAUGUACCAAUUAAUAUAUCCUAAUAAUUAUCGCCCACUAGAUUUGACAAGUUAGACAGAUAAUGGCGGGUUAGUGACAUGUCACUUUUGACAGUUCUUGUAACAAGCGCAGAAAGACGCGGUUAAUAAAAUUAAGAAUUUUAUUGUUGCAUAUAAUGAGUAUGUACAUUUUAGAAGUUAUGCCUUAAACUCCUUGUGAUGUGUAAGGAGUUAUCAUGGAAAACUUCAGAAUGAAAGUCCUACGCUUAUAUUCAAAAGAAUUGAAGCCGAUAGUUCUUAAACGAUAAUGUAAUUUGAAUGACGAAGGUUUUUUUUUCCGAUUUACAUUCAUUAUUCUUGUUAUAGACACAAUUAAAGGCGGAAAUUUACGAGUUAGAAGUUUUCGACAAAAAAUAACUUAAUUAUAAAACAUAAUACAUGCUUUCACCGUACGAUAUGCGAAAUAUAUUACGCGUCUUAGUGCGUGUGAAGGCAAUAAGAACUGAACUCAAAAAACUAUUUCUAAUAAACAUAACUUAUAUGUAGUAUCAUGUCAAUAAAUUUUAUAGCGUAUUCUAACUGUUAUCAGCCAUUUUCUGCUUUGUUAAUAUAUUACACUUCAAAAUACUUCAUAUAGUUGUUUCGCCAACAUACGAAUGGAAAAAAAAAUAACUGUCAGUUAAGACUACAGCUAUAAUUUGUCUCAACGUAAGUUAGCCUCGAAAUCCUACUGUAAUAAGGAUACGAAAUUAAACAUUUAAUUUACCGAAUUAUGUUUAUAUUUAGUUCUAUAUGAAGUUGCAUGUAACUUAAAUGUAUAUUAUUUAUAAUUUUAUAUAUAGAUUAUCUCUUUAUUAUUAAUAGUUUCAAAAUUGUUAUGGCUUUAUGCAUAUAUUUAGUUUUAAGACAAAUAAAUGGUAUCUAUAUGAAAA